AUGUGCUGUCAUUUCACAAGAUUCGCAGACUGCACGGCUCAGUGUUGCGACCUCUACGAUCUCAACGAUAAGAGGUUUUGCAAGCGACCAUUCAGAUAUCCAACCAACUUCAUGCCUAUCAUCAAGGACGUCCCUAAGGACCAGGUACCUGUUGGAUUAGAAAAUGCUGAGGGUCGUUUCUCUAGCUCUCAUAGAAGCUCUGAGGGCCGUUAA